GGAUAUUUAGGAAUUUCACAGAUUCCUCCUGGUUUGGAGAAUAACAAUAUGACACAAGUCUAUAUAUUGAAAAACAAUGGCAUACCACAGAUUCUUCAAUGUGUAAAAAUACUGAUUUUGCACAGAUUCUUGUACAUACAUGCAAACUGAUAUUGCACAAUUUUUAAAUCUGCAAAAAUAUUUCUAAAGCACAGGUUAAAGGUGCUGAGGUUGCACCAGAGUGAAAUAUUUCAGUGUCAACGUGCAGUCUAGCAGCUACUGUUCUGCUUUAGUUCGAGGAUGAGAUUUAUGGUUUCCAGGAACAAAAAGCAGGACGUGCGCUUUCUAAUGUGGGACCAGAUGAUGUGAUGCUGCCCUCUCCUGUACGCACUCAGAGAUGAAGUCAACAUGUCAAACAUAAAUCACUUUAAAAUAAAUAAAUAAAUAAAUGAAGAGUCUGAAUGAGCUCUGAGACAGUUGGCUUUGUGCUGAACCGCAGCCCAGAGAGUCCGGAUUUGUCCGUCAUUGCUCUGCGCUAUCUGAUCCGCUGUCAGGAUGAGGAAAACGCUGGAGGAGACUCUGGAUCUGGGCGGAGCUUAAACUUUGGGGACUUUGUUCGAAAAAUCAGCAGAGUUUUGUUCUUUUUCUUCCCCCUCUGCAGUCAUCGGGGUGGCUCUGAGUGAUCAGGAGGACCAGUUGGACCGAGCCAGCCAGCCUCAUGGGCCUCUUCAAGUUCGUGUGUGCCAUCAUCACCAGAGCGCUGUUUAUCUUCGUCUCCCUGGCCGGCGUCUGGAGGGUGACAUGGGUGAAGAAGGACCCCAACUACUGGUUCCUGACUUUCCUCUUCCUGCCGCUUGUUGCUGAGAUGAUCAUAACGCUGAAGAGGAGGAAAGGAAAAGAUUACAAAUGGUUUUCUCCCCCCAUCUUUCUGUUUCUCAUCAGCAUCAUUCCCUCCAUCUGGCUCCUGGAGCUCCACCACCAGCAGGACAAAGCCAGCGACCCUCAGUGCAAAAGGCUCGACUCCUGGGAGAAUUUGCGUAGAGUGAUCACUGUGAACGAGACCCAGGGAAACCACACCUACCACAACUACUUCAAGAAUAUUGACCAGGUGUUGUCGUCCGUCUGCUCCAAUGACUGGAUCCUGGCUCUCCAUCAGAUCCUGCUCAUCCUGCUCAUCGUGGGGAAGUGGCUCCUCCCACUGGGGGGCGGAGUCACCAGGGACGAGCUGUCUCAGCUACUUCUGAUUUUUGUGGGCACGGCGGCGGACAUCCUCGAAUUUACGAGUGAGACGCUGUCAGAUGUCAAAGAGAACAGUCCUCAGCUGGUCUACAUCAUCCUAGCUGUAUGGACGUGGAGCAUGCUGCAGUUUCCCCUCCAUCUGGCCGUGGUGAAUUCCAAGAAAGACAGCGAGGGCGACGAGGGCGUCCAGGAGGCCUCCCUCUUGAGUAAACACAGCACCGACAUAUGGAGCAUCGUGGAGGCCUUGUUCAUCCAGGAUGGACCUUUUCUGGUGGUCCGGCUCACCGUCAUGACCUACUUCGAGGUCUUCCACCAGAUGCUCAUUUUCUUUGCCAUUAAGAACUUCCUGGUGGUCAUACUGAACAUGUACAGGUUGGCUGUCAUAUGUCAGGACUUCAGACCCUCCAGGAGCCGCGGCGCGACGACCAGCGCCGUCCCGUGAGUCAACUCCUGGAACACGGAGAGACGUUACACCCAACGUUUUACGGCUACAGCCAGACUCGUAAAAAAAAAAAAAAAAAAAACUGCAGUUGGGGCUGGGAAAAAAGAAAAGAAAUGCUUGCUUUUUGUUUUCUUCUCGCAAUUUACUCGACUGUGUGAAAUCAAUCUGUUGAGAAUAAUUAAUGCUGUUGGAAGCAGAAAACUGUGAGCAACCAUUUUCUUACACUUACAGACUGAAGUUCAGAUUCACACACUCCACUGCCAACUCAUCUCGAAGCUCGUAUUUCACCUCGUUGACAUUAGAGUCUCUCCAAACCUCGACAACGCUGCCUUUAAUUUAGCACUUCUGUGUGAUUAUGAGCACACAAACAAGUGGCUGGUUUGAGUGAAUAGCUGCUGCGAGCAGAAGAAGGAAGCAGAACAGGAAAAAGCUGUGGGGGUCCAAGAGCAAAAUAUCCUGAUAUGAUUACAUGUUAACUGAUAUUGCACAUUACAGAGUCUGGCGACACAAUGCAAUGCACUAAACUAGUUCCAAAGCACAACCUGUGUUUGUCAGAGCAGCACCUACAGUACUUGAAGCCAGGCUGCUGAUUAGAUAAGAAUUUGGCAGAUUUCUAGCGGUUUUGCGCCUGGCGUCUGGCUGAGAGGGCAGCAGGAACAGGAAGAGAGGAAGACGCAGCGAUAUAAUGGAUGACACGGAGGCUGUGAAGUGUUGACAGAAGCUGAGAUCGAGGGAGAGCAAUUUUCCUGUCUGAACCCAGACAGGAAGUUAAAAGUGAUGACAAAAAAAA